AUGGCUCGUCAUCGUGAUGAGUUUGCCCUCAAGGAAUUGGGGCCACUGCAUUACUUCCUUGGCAUCGAGGUGGUCAGGCGCGCUGAUGGCUUCUUUCUGCAUCAGCAGAAGUAUGCCCACGAGCUUCUCGAGCGCGCUGGCAUGCUUAACUUCAAGCCUGCCGCCACGCCUGUCGACACGAAGGCGAAGGUUUCUGCCCUGGAGGGAUCUCCUGUGCCUGACGACGCGUUCUGCCGCUCCAUCGCCGGUGCCUUGCAGUAUCUGACGCUCACCCGUCCUGACCUGCAGUAUGUCGUGCAGCAGGUGUGCCUUCAUAUGCACUCCCCUCGUGACUCCUACUAG